ACAGCCAUUAAAUUCCAAUCUCAAUAUAACCUCUAAAAUCUAAAGUUAUUUUGGCGCUUUUAUUUCAUAAUAUACAUACAAGCUUUAACUAUUCACGUAUUUUUUUUAUACUGCAUAUUUGUUGAUCGAUGUAAAUAUGUCUCAAGACAUAAGAUCAUUUUUCAAAGCGCUACCAUCAAACAAAUCCAAUUCCACCACUUCUAGUACCACCGUUAGUAAAAAUAAACGUCCUGUAAUAACUGAAUCAAGUGACGAAGAUAUUGUACCCGUUACCCCAAAACCAGUUAAAGUAUCAAAAACUACCAAGAAACGGAAACUACAACAACUGAGCUCAGAAUCUGAUAGUGAAAAGAAUGUCUCCACAAAAAAGAAAAAUAGCCCCCAAUCGAAGAGCACAAAAAACAAACUGAAAUCUGUCGAUAUUUCUACUACAUUCAGCAGUACCCCUAUUAAACAGACACCUGUGAUUGAAAGACCUGUGCAGGAGAAACCGCCAGAGGAAAAGAAGACUGUAAAGCGUAAGAAAAAAGAUAAAGCGAACAGCAAAACUAGCACUGAAGUUGGCAUACAUAAUGACAAAAAUUUCGAACAGUCCUUGUUAGAUUUGGAUGACGAUUUCUUUACCGAUCUGGAUGAAUUGGAUAAAACCGCCAAUGAGAUCUUGAAAAAUAGUGUCACCGAAACACCUCAAGAUAAUAAAACCCAAGAAAAGCCGAUAGAAAAACCUAGUGAACCAACACCCAAGCGCCAGAAAAGUGAGGAGGAACAUCACGACGGCGAUCCAGAUCAAGAAAGACACGAAAGAAAGAGACAGUCGUAUGCUUUGUAUCAGAAGUAUCUCAAUCGCUCAGGACCGGCCCAUCAUGGAAGCAAAGAGUUGCCUAAGGGAACACCAACUUGCCUCAGCGGUCUCUGCUUUCUCCGAACAGGUGUUUUAGAUUCUCUAGAGAAUGAAGAGUUUGAGACUUUGAUUAAAGAUCAUGGUGGCAGAGUGGUGCACGGGGUUUCGAAGAAAGUGAGUUACAUUGUGGUUGGUGAGGAUCCUGGACCAGCAAAACUGGAGAAGGCUAAAACUUACGGAAUUAAACAAUUGUCUGAAGAUGAAUUACUUGACUUAAUUAGAACAAAAUCCGGUCAAAAACCUUCUUCGAAUGACAAUACGAAUUUAGAGCAAAUUUCUGCGGAAAGUGCAGAACUUAUUCAUAACAACAAAAAAACAACAACAAAGGAAGAUACAGAAUCCUCAAACACAUCACAGAAGUUAGUGAAUGGUAAGCACAACGCAACACCAUCUAGGAACAAGAGUAAAGAUGUAGAACCCAUGCCCAAACCUGAAAAGAAAUCAGAAACUACCAAAAAACCUAAUAUUAUUGUAAUAAAACCAGAACCUAAACCUGCACAAAUCCAUGAAAUCCCAAAUGAUAGUGUACCAUGGACUGAAAAAUAUAAACCGAGGUCCAUAAAGUCUAUUAUUGGCCAACAAACUGAGAAAAGCAACAUGAAUCGCUUAAUUCACUGGUUACAAAAUUGGUACAAAAAUCAUGGAAGUAAAAACAAACCGAAGCUUAUAAAGCCAAGUCCUUGGGCUAAAAGUGACGAUGGUGCUUACUUCAAAGCAGCACUUUUGAGCGGCCCGCCCGGAAUUGGAAAAACAACAACCGCCACAUUAGUAGCGAAAGAAUUGGGAUUCGAUGUGGUGGAGUUUAAUGCGUCAGAUACGCGUAAUAAACGGCUACUCCAUGAAGAGGUUUCCCAACUGUUGAGCACCAAAUCAUUAGCGGGAUACUUUACAAGUGGGUCGGCCCCGACAAGCAAACAUGUACUUCUAAUGGAUGAAGUGGAUGGCAUGGCUGGGAAUGAAGAUCGAGGUGGAGUACAGGAGUUAAUCUCCCUGAUUAAGAAUUCCAACAUUCCUGUGAUCUGUAUGUGUAAUGACAGAAAUCAUCCGAAAAUACGAUCUUUAAGUAAUUACUGUUUUGAUUUACGAUUCUCCAGGCCACGAAUGGAACAAAUAAAGGGAGCAAUGAUGAGUGUUUGUUUUAAAGAAGGAGUCAAAAUCAGCUCAGAUGCGCUCUCUGAAAUAAUCACAUCCUCCGGAAUGGAUGUACGUCAAAUACUAACCCAUUUGUCAUUAUGGAGCGCGGACAAGAGUACAGACUCAGAUAUUAAAGCACCUAAAAAGGAUUCGCCCUUAGGCCCAUGGGAAGUUUGUCGACUGGUCUUCUCAGCGGAAAAUCAUAAAACGAACACAAUUGUCGAUCGAGAAAAACUAUUUUAUUACGAUUACAGUAUAGCUCCUUUAUUUGUCCAAGAGAACUAUUUAAAAGUAUUACCGCACGCACCAAAAAGUGAACAUCUGCAACGGUUUUCGGCUGCUGCCGAUUGUAUCAGUAUGGGAGAUUUAGUUGACACAGGAAUAAGAAGAACCAACAAUUGGUCCCUGUUAAACAUGGAGGCGAUGUGCUUAUCUGUGCUUCCAGGUUCCUAUCUUAGCGGACACGUUAAUGCCCAAAUUGAUUUUCCUAGUUGGCUGGGUAAAAAUUCGAAACGGAAUAAAUUUGUGCGUUUACUCGGAGAAUUACAGGCCCAUAUGCGAACAAGUAUAUCAGCUAAUCGAACUGAAGUGAAUUUGGAUUACCUUUCGACACUACGCAUGAGUCUUGUGAAUCCUUUAAUUAAAAAAGGGGGCGAGGGCGUUCCCGACUCGCUCAAUGUUAUGCACAAUUACAAUCUGUUACGAGAAGAUUUAGACAGUAUUCUUGAAUUAGCGCAGUGGCCUAAACAAAAGGAUCCCAUGAAUAUGGUGGAUUCAAAGGUAAAGGCAGCUUUCACACGUGCGUACAACAAAUCCAGUGCCAUGCUACCAUACGCUGUGCAAACAGCCGUAUCAAAAAAGAGAGGCGCUACCAGUAACGAAGAGGAAUACGGUCUUGGUGAAGAAGAAGAAGAGGAGGAGGUUGAAGACGAUAAGGAUAUUAAUCAAGAUGCGAUGAUUAAGGCGAAGAAGACAACUGCUAAAGCUAAAAAGAAAGAUGAACCAUCGACUAGCGGUGCUAAGGGGGCGGCAAAAACUUCGAAAGCAAGUACAGCAAAGAAAGCGAAGAAAUGAUCUUUUUACAGAGAAUGUUUUUUUUUUGGUUAAUUAUUAUGUACGCUUAGUGUUAUUACAUUUUUUUUACACAG